AAAUGCUGGAUUCAGGGUGCAGGUCUCUUGAGCUGCAAAGCCCCAAUAAAAGCUCAGUCACACAGAGCAGCCCAGUAGCACAAACAGCCAUAAAAGGCCCUGAUGUAGAGGAGAUCACAAGGGAAGAUAAAGCAGCGUUGGACGGAGAGAAAGCCAGCAGCCAGGGGAACGGACAAAGUGAGAGAAAGGCAAUAAACAACGAAGCCAGGGAAAAACAAGAGCUUUUAAAUCAAACUCAGAGUCGUUCAGAAUCGGUUAAAGCUUCAGAGCUCUGUGAAAGUGGGUUGUCAGACGGCAGCACCGACAGGACUGUUUGUCAUUCUGAGGGGAGCAUUGCUCUCCAUGAGUCGAAGUGCCCAAAGGAUUCUGCCCAAUUAGAGAAGCUGCACGAUCAGUUGUCCUUAUCAAAACCCAAAGAUGUAAAACGUGACACUGACGUGAGGCGCAGUGUUACUGCUUCCCAAUGUGAAGGUAAAAAACUCCAUGAAGCUCCUGCCUGCACCUCACCUGUUGAGCAACUGUCUGUGGAUGUAGAGGCUGCUGAGAGGCCUGAUCCUGGACUAACAGCCCACGAACCGGAUACUGACUGGAUAAAAGCUCUAAAAGAGGCUGCAUCCUGUUCCCAAGGUCACCAGAGAGUUAACUCAGUGGAGACCUCAAGAGCCCUCCCGUCUCUGGAGUCUCCUCAACUAGAGUUUCUCACUCCGACCGAGGAGGUAGCUGCUCCUCUGAAACAGGAGGAGGUCCGACCACCAGACUUGGCAACGGAGAAGUCCACAGAGAUCCCACCUCCGAAUCGUGUCAAAAAGCCAGUGGAUUUUCCUGAACCUUUAAAGAAGUCAGUAGAUCUCCCAGAACCAACACAGCUGACAAGUGUCAAGUUUUCCGAACCAACACAAAGCACAAAAGAAGAAUCCUCAGAUGCAACCAAGAAACAAGAGGAGCCUCCUGAAGAACGUCCAGAAGCCAAAGCUGAGCCGCUAAUUUCUUCAGAAAUUGAAGAGGGGACUGCGGAGUUCCUAGAACCAGCACAAAGCACAGAAGAGCUGCCAGAAUCAACUGAAAAUGAGGAACCAGAAUCUACAAAGGUGACAACAGAGCCCAGAGAACCUGAGGAGAAGCUGAUCAGUGAGCUGUCAGUGGAAGAACCUGUGGAGACCCCACCAGAGGAGCCACUGAAAGAGCCAGCUGAGGCAGAGACUGAAGCAAUCCAGGAUCCUGCUGAGGAGCAUCAGGACAGCAGGAGCUCAGAUUCUGAUGGAGCAUUUGAGACCCCUGAAUCUACCACUCCAGUCAAGGCUGUUUCUCCUGUAGACCCCCAGAUCCUGCUUCUGACAUCUGAUGACACAGUCGCAGAGACCUCAGUCAGUGACCCUGCCUCUGACUUGACUUCAAUUGAUGAACGAUGCCGUUCUCCAUCUAUUGUUUUUGAUGAAAACAAGCCAAUCGCAGCCAGUGGCACAUACAACAUUGCGCAUAAUGCUACUGAUUCAUCAAGUCACACACUCGCUCGAUCCCUCAGCCUCCAGGGAGGAGAGCUAGACAGCUGUGGUCUGUUUGACGGAUCCACAACAGGAGGUUUCCAACCAAAUUCAGAGUCCUUCAGCAUAGGCACAGAGAGUGCCCCAGGUACACUCCACAGGCCCAAGAAGGUCCGUCCUGGUUCUGUGAAGAAGAAGCCACUUCUUAGACAGAACUCCAACCCAGAAAGUCCAAGGCCUGCCUCAUCCAGCAGUACCCCAGAGGUCAAGAAACGGGCAAAGCCUCGAACUGCCAGCCCUCUCCUGGCUCAGGAGGAAGCAGAAGGAGGAUCUGCAACACCAAGCCCUGGAGGAACCCUCCGCAGAACCAGGAAGAACCGUGUUGAAACUCCACCUCCUCUCCCGGAAGAGACCAAUCACACCAGCCAAGAAGAGAGCCUUGUCAUCCCUUCCUUACCCUUGUGCCACGAGGAGACACCUCUCCCUGGUAGUGCAACAGACCAAGAAGAAUCCCCCAUCCCCCCUAGUACCUCCUAUAAAUGGGAUCCAGAUAAUUUUGACAACAUCGACCCUUUCAAGACAGGAGGUAGUAAAAUUGCCAACUCCCCAGAACUAGGACGUAAAGGUCCAGUCUCUAUUGCUACGCCUGCAGAGAGUUCCCCUCUCCCUGCUGCAGACCCACAUCCAUAUAGCCCUCCAGCUCCUGUUCAGGAGCCAAUCACCAACCCUGAAGAGCAACCGAUCAUCCCCAAGCGUCAGGCGGUAAGGCUGGAGUUUGACUACUCUGAGGAGAGCAGUGAGGUGUCACACCAGGACUCACCCCCACUCAAGAAAGUGGGCAAGAAACCUGGUUCCAAGAUGCCUCUGAGGAAACCAAAGCUGGGGAUGAAGAAGGCUCCUCCAGCACAGAUGGAGCAGCUGGACAACGACUCUCCAGCAACACACAACGGCAACGACGAUGAAAUCUCUGCUCCUAAAGCAUCAUACAGCUUUGAAACGGACAAGUGGGAAAAUCCAAAUUUCAAUCCAUUCACCUCCAAGACAGGAAUUGGCAACUCCCCUAAAUUGUCCAGGCAGUCUUACAGCUUUGACCCCAGUAACUUAGACGACUCUACAGAACCAUUCAAAUCCUCCAAUAAAAUGGCUGACUCUCCGCCGAAGGCCUCUGCCUCUUUUGAAUUGUCAUCCAAUGACUAUGACAAUGAAAAUGACAAUGACAACAUUGGGGAACUUGAGGACCAAAACCAGAACAAACCUGCCAAGAAGAAGAAAACUCCUCUCAAAUCUAAUACUUUCAGAGUGAAGAGGUCGCCAAAGAAAUCCCCACUGUCUGAAACAUCACCGGAUCCUACGUCCCCAGAUGAACCCUCCUCCCUCCACCCUAAGGACGACCACGCCACAGACGAGGAGAAGCUGGCCUCCUCCACCAGUCACAAGUGGGCCGCCCUGCAUGACAUGGAUGCAGAACUGAACUCUGACCAACAAGACUUUCCUCAGCCGUCCGACCUCACGUCCUUCGUUAAUGAAAUCAGUCUUCCUCAUCAGAGUCUAGUGCAAGACUAUGAAAUUGAGUACAUGGAGAAGAUUGGCUCCUCUUCACCUCCACCCUCAGUGAAGAAGCCAUCUUUGUACCUGAAUCUGGAUUCAGUGUCUGACAAGUUAACCAAGAACAUGGGUGCACAUGGAUCUGAGCCCAGCUCCCCCUGCACAGGGAGUUUUGAGGAGAUGGAGGCCCAGAUAUCAGCAAGUAUAAAGACACCGGUGCUGAGCUCCCGGCCCGGACCUGAGGGCUCUGCCGGAGACAAGGGCAGGAAGAGAGAGAGUGAGUCUCUCAGCCGAACUCAGAGCUCGGAGAGGGAUGAGCAACACAGAGACACGUCGUCUCUGGUGGAGAGUGCUGUGUCCAAGAACUCGCUGUACUCCAGGACGGCUACCACCAACUACAUCGAAGGGGAGAGUCCCAACCUGCCUAGGGAUCUGGACAACUCUUUGGGAAUUGCACGAGAAGAGAUUGUGACGAAGGAGAAAGAAGUGCUGGAGUGGCAGAGAAAGUAUGAAGACAGCCGACAGGAAGUGGGGGAGAUGAGGAGAAUUGUUGCUGAGUAUGAGAAGACAAUUGCACAGAUGAUUGAGGAUGACCAGAAAGAGAAGUCUCUCUCCCACCACACCAUCCAGUCCCUGAUCGUGGAGAAGGACCAGGCCCUGUCCGACCUCAACUCCGUGGAGAAGUCCCUGGCCGAACUCUUCCGUCGUUACGAAAAGAUGAAAGAUGUGCUGGAGGGCUUCCGCAAGAAUGAAGAGGUUCUGAAGAAGUGCGCUCAGGAAUAUCUGUCCAGAGUCCGUAAGGAGGAACAGCGCUAUCAGGCCCUGAAGAUUCAUGCAGAGGAGAAACUAGACAGGGCCAAUUCAGACAUAGCUCAUGUGCGAGUCAAGGCCAAGCAGGAACAGGCCGCACACCAGGCCAGUCUGAGGAAGGAGCAGAUGAAAGUGGACUCUCUGGAGCGCACUUUGGAGCAAAAGAACAAAGAGAUCGAGGAGCUGACAAAGAUUUGCGACGAGCUGAUCGCCAAGAUGGGGAAGAGUUAGCGGCUGCGUCACAUCCAGGCCAAGUCACAAAGACUGUGGAAAAACUACUUAGAAAAUGAAGCAGAUCAGUUUUAUUUAUCACUCCACCAAGGACUAAUGGAGAUCAUAGCCCUGAGUGGUUUUGCCGAUUUUAUUACCUACUGACUUUGUCUACACAGGAUCCACAGGAAUGGCUUCCUCUAAAUCACUCUGUACAUUGUUUUGAUGUGUCAGCGUAUCGUAUCGUAACAGAGGUCUGGUUUAAAGAUUUAGAAAAUGAACCAUAUCACUAAUGAGUGUGUGUGCGUGUGCGUGUGUGUGUGUGUGUGUGUGUGUGAGAGUGUGGGUGUGUGUAUCGAUGAGAGAGUGAGAGCAUUGUUUGUGGGUGAAAAUGAUCUAUAAUGUUGUUGCCAUGACAGCCAUUGAGGGAGAAGACUGUUUACCCGCUCCUGUUGUCGUCUCAAAGAUGGACUUUGACAAAGAGUAUCAGAGAGUUAGAUUCAUUCAUAACAUGUUGAUACACCACAAAGAGAACUCAAACUAUCACAGUAGCUUCCUGCAUGUGAAAGAGAAAUGUUAAUGUUUGUAUAUACCAUAGGAAAUUCCAAGUAUCUGCAUUUUUGAUAGUUAUUCUGUCAUCCUCAGUGCGCUUUUCCUCAUGUAACCUUGUAGAUAUUUGUCAUACUUGUCAUAGCUUUCUCGAUGAAAUCGUGGGGACUUUAUUUUUUUGAUUUUAUUUUGAUAUGAGGCAGACUAAUCGUGACUUUAUUCAGUUGUGACAAGGAGUAAUUUAAUUUUGGAUGGAUAUGUCCUCGUCCUGCAAUGGUGGUUGUGUCACACUGAGGAAUAACCUUCUGCACAGCUACUGUACAGCGUCUGCUUACAAAGUGCAAUAAAAAAUGGCAAUACAGCA